GUGAAGAAUCAUCCCUUACAUUGGGGGUCAGUGAGAAGAAUGUCCCUUACAUUGGGGGUCAGUGAGAAGAAUGUCCCUUACAUUGGGGGUCAGUGGGAAGAAUGUCCCUUACAUUGGGGGUCAGUGGGAAGAAUGUCCCUUAUAUUGGGGGUCAGUGGGAAGAAUGUCCCUUACAUUGGGGGUCAGUGGGAAGAAUGUCCCUUAUAUUGUGGGGUCAGUGGGAAGAAUGUCCCUUACAUAUGGGGGUCAGUGGGAAGAAUGUCCCUUACAUUGGAGGUCAGUGGGAAGAAUGUCCCUUACAUUGGGGGUCAGUGGGAAGAAUGUCCCUUACAUUGGGGUCAGUGGGAAGAAUGUCCCUUACAUUGGGGGUCAGUGGGAAGAAUGUCCCUUACAUUGGGGGUCAGUGGAAGAAUGUCCCUUACAUUGGGGUCAGUGGGAAGAAUGUCCCUUACAUUGGGGGUCAGUGGGAAGAAUGUCCCUUACAUUGGGGGUCAGUGGGAAGAAUGUCCCUUACAUUGGGGGUCAGUGGGAAGAAUGUCCCUUACAUUGGGGGUCAGUGGGAAGAAUGUCCCUUACAUUGGGGGUCAGUGGGAAGAAUGUCCCUUACAUUGGGGGUCAGUGGGAAGAAUGUCCCUUACAUUGGUGAUCAGUGGGAAGAAUGUCCCCUUACAUUGGUGA